AUGGGCGGUGUGAAUGUCACCACCUGGGGCAUGUACACGGAGGAGUCCUUACGCUGCCUUCACAAUGAGCUGAAGAUCGGGGCGUCAACGCUGGAACGCGAUGAUAUCUCGGGCAAAGUUCGUCGCGCCAUUUGUUCCAAUCUGGUGCAGCUCAAGGUUGGCGAGGCCUUGGACAACCAGCAAGGCAGUCAAGGUAGCUUCGGCCUCGGCGAGGCGCGCAGCAUGGUGCAGUUUCGUCCCGAGAAGGGGGUGUGGGAAGUCGUGCAGAGCGACACCCACUCGUACCCAGGCCUCCCGGCCUGCUACCAGACGCGGCUUGUGCAGUUCGAUGCGAAGCAGCCAGAACUCCCUCGAAAGGUGCCUUCAGAUGCCAGCAUGAACGGCCUCCCGAAGGUCCGCCGGCCCUCCCAGAACAGCCUGUGGAACCGGUCGGAAGGCGUGCCGAAUACGCUGUCCUCAGGCCCCUGCAGCCCGAAGAGUGCGCAGAGUGUCAGCUCCAUUCCAGGCUCUCUGUUCAGCGAAAGCCCCGUUCGGACGCGCACGAAACAAGAGCCGGCCCAGGAGACGAUCCAGGAACUGCCAGACACGAACAACGUCGGAUCGGGUCUCUACAGUCAGGUGCUGAACGUGCACAAGGACCUGCGCUUCCGGAUGGUCGCCAAGGAGUCCUCGGAAAAGGCUCCGCCUCCUGCCUCUCAGGCUGUGGCCUGUUCUUGCGAGGUUUUACUGAUCCGCAACAUCAACCCGCUAACGGCCACGUACCAGUGCCGCUUCUUCGUCUUCCUCGAGUGGUUCGACCCUGGGGCCGUCGGCAUGCCGGUCGGCGACGUGUCAGAGGAGAAUCGGAAGAAUCUUUCGAUCCCAGAAAUCGCUCUGCAGAACACACUGAAAACAGGAUUGGAGAUGUACUCCCCGCCAGAAGUCAUCCACAGCGACAGGGGGCAUGUUGCCCAGAAAAUCCUCUACCAGGCCAUCAUGCAAAUGGAAAUCGAUAUGCGAUUGUUCCCCUUCGACACGCAACGGCUCACUAUCGUUCUAGGCCUUCGUGCUCGCCGGGAUCGUGAUCGCGCGAUCUUCUGCAGGUUCUGCCAUGUGGACAGCCAGAUUCGAUUGGAUGAAUGGAGAAUUCUUGGAUCUUUCCACGAUUCCGACCGGCCAGAUGGCCGUGCGCGGGUGCAGUUCGGGGUCGUCAUUGGCCGUGGCUACAUGUACUACGUCAUGAACGUCCUGGUGACUCUGUGCGCCAUUGCAUCCACCUCCUUUGCUGGCUACUUCCUUCAGGUCACGCCUCCUUACGACCGGCUGCGCUUCGGAGUGUCCAUCCUCUUUGCACAGACCACUUUCCGUCUCUCUAUCGACAGCAAACUGCCCAUCGUGUCCUACGCAACGGCUUUCGACCACUUUGCAAUGUGUUGCCAACUGCUCUUACUGUCGAUGAUCGUCGGAGAUGUGCUCGUGGCCAUGCUUGCAGACAGGUGGUUUGAAUUUGGUGGCCUUGAGAUGGCGAAAGUUGUUGACAAGGUCAUCUUCUUCACGCUGAUGCCCGCGUGGAUUCUAGCGCUCUCGAUCUUCAGCAUCUGGGUGGUCAGGACUCGGCGGAAGACCGCGCAGGCCCAGACACUGCUGGGCCUUGAGUCGCACUCGGGUGAUGGCGAGGCGACCAGUCAUGGAGACUUCUCAGCAGAAGGUUUCGAACAAAUGUCCCGGCUGAAGCAGCGCCUCCGGUAUUCUUCGACGCGGCGCCUGUCGCCGACAAGUCAGCAGCUCUCCAGUGAAGCUGUAGCUGUAUCAACGACGAUUUGGUUUCUUCACGAUAUUGACCCUAUCCAGGCGCAAUACGAGUGCAAGUUCACUCUUUACGUUGAGUGGCUGAGCCCCGCCGCUGUUGGGCUGGCUGCUGGAACGCGGAUUUCUAAGGAGGACAUGGGGUGCCACAAAGCGCCAGAAAUUGACGUUCGCAACAAGGUGGAGCUUGUGGUGGAGGAGGGCCCGAUCGCCAUAGUGGCCGAUUCCAAAACUGGCAGGAUCGUGAUGAGCCUUCGCUACCAUGCCAAGCUUCAGCUACGGUUGAAGCUGCGGAGCUUCCCCUUCGACUGCCAGAGUCUUCCCAUCGACUUCACGAUGCCGGCCGAGAAGGACAUGAAUCGUGCCUUUGUUUGUCGCUCUGUAGAGCUGCAGCCUCUGGCCAGACAGCUGGAUGAGUGGUUCGUUCAGGGGACGUGGACCUCUUGCGACUUCUAUGAGGGGAUGAGCGCUGCCAACAUGUACAUCGAGGUCAAAAGGAGGUCGAAGUACUACGUGGUUUCUGUGCUCGGCGUGAUGCUGGGAAUCUCCAGUCUCGUCUUUACAGUCUUUGCCAUCGAGGUCAACUCCUCUGGUGCCGGAUUCGACGAUCAAGGCAAGAUUCUGAUCUCGCUCCUCAUGACCCUCUUGGCCUUCAAGUUGCUGACUGCAUCAGGCAAGAUUCCCAAGGUGGCCAAGGCCACCGUCUUCGACCGCUACGUGCUUGCGACUGAAGCCUGCUUCUUUGCAACGGUUUUCGCCUGUACCGCGAUGCGCAUCGUGAUCUCGGACCCGGGCAUGGCACCUCUGACGAUGGAGCUGCGUGCGACCUGCUUUUCGGUGCUGCUCUGCAUCUGGUUGCUCUUCAACGUGUCCAUGUACUUCCGGAUUCGUCUCUCAAACGCCGCGAACAUGAAAGAGGUCGAGGAGCGACAAGGCCGCCGUGGUUCUGUGCAUGGACCAGGCUUUGACGAGCAAGCCAUUGCGAUGACACAGCAGCCCCGCAUGCCAACCUUUCACAUCGACCCACAGGCAGUGCUUCUCCAGAUUUCGAUCCAGCACAUCUUUGGAAUCAAUCCGGCAACGGCCAACUUUGUUUGCGUGUUCGAGGUCCACAUGGCCUGGUUGGACGACCGUGCCAAGGGCUGCCGGAGUGGCACAGCCCUCGAUGCCAAGAGGUGCAAAGAGUUCGGUCAACCGGCACUGAUGAUCCAGAAUGCACAGAGUGAGAACGUCACGUUCUUGUCUGGACGCGUGGUUGAUGAGUCGACCGGACACGUCGCCUGCAGCCUCAAGAUCAAAGCCCAGGUGCUCCUGAUGUUGAACCUGGCGAACUUCCCCUGGGAUGAACAGUCGCUGUAUGCAGUCUUGACGCUCCCGACCCACGCGGAUCGUGGGCGUCACUUUGUACUGACCGACCUGCAGUGCAAAGAGGAAAAGACUGCCAAGACGGGCGAGUGGGCGGAAGUGGGCGUCUUUGGUGCUGCCUAUCAGGUCACAGGCAUUUCGAAGGUGGUCGUCGGCCUCGAGCUAAAGCGGUUCUCUCGCUACUACGUGACGAGCCUCUGCUCCAUGUGCCUUUGGUCCACCUUUGUCCUCUUCGUCUACGCGCUGGAGGUGAAUGACUUCAAGGAGCGCGGCAAGGUGAUGGUCGGGGUGCUUGUCGUGCAGAACGUCGCAAAGGUCGCGGUGUCCAGCAAGAUGCCCCGUGUGGUGUGCAUCACAGCCUACGACACGGUGGCUCUGAACAGUCUGGCACUCCUCUUCUGCAUUGGCCUUUUCACAGCAUUCCUGGACUUUCUUGGUCAGUUGGAGCUGCCAUGGCUCAACUUCGAGGUGCUAACAAUGAUUGACAAGGGCGCCGGCAUCCUGUUCUGCCUGAUAUGGCUGGUGCGGAACGCCUAUGUCAUCUGGCAGGUUCGUAAAUGUGCCUCCAAGGCUGGGUGCUUUGGCAUCGGGCGGCUACCACGCAGCCUGUCAGGCCUUACACAAGAAGCGGGCCCUGAGCCAGAUUUGAAGGGCCAGCUGGACAUUCUGAACAGGUCGAUGGAUCCCUUUGCCUUGAAGCCUCUGACUGCCGUCCGCAAGACCAGCAGGUCGUCUGACCUGAUGGGUGCUGUGGUGGCUGUGAAAAUCGGGGUGAAAUUCUGGCUUGUGUCAGACAUUGACGUCGCAGCCGCCAGUUUCCUGGCCAAGUUCCAUGUGAUCAUAGAGUGGGUCGAUGAGGCGGCAGUGGGCGUGCCGGAAGCCACGCGCGUGUCCUACAAGGAGCUUGAGAAAGCCGGACCCGGCCACAUCGUGGUACCGACACUGGCCAUUCGCAACGCCAUCACGGUCACUUUGGAGGAGUACUCAGACGUCAUUGUUCUAGACCAGAAGACGGGUCGUGUUACUUGCCGCCUGCACAUCAACGCCAUUCUCCACAACGACUACUGCUUGGACAGCUUUCCCUUCGAUUGUCAGCUCCUCAGGGUGGACAUGCAGCUGGUGAACUGCGAAGGCUUCGAGCUGGCCCCAUCAUUCUGCGAUGCUGUGGACCAGUCGAAGCAGUUGGAUGGCUGGAACUUGAAGGACGCCGUGGUUGCACUGGUGCCUCACGAUGACGUCGAGGUUCCGAAGCAGAAGGUCAAGGUGUUUCUGCUCGCGGAGCGCCAAUCAGGGUUCUACGUGAAGCAGGUUCUGAGCAUCUACAUGUUCUUAUCGACAUUGAUGUUCUCAUUCUUCGUCUUGCCGUCAACAGAUUUCACGAAGAGGCUGGUGGACAUAUUGAAGAUUGUACUCACUCAGACCACAUUCCGUUUUUCCGUGGAGCAUCGUCUGCCCAAAGUGCAGCAUUGGACUCCCUUCGACGUGUACUUGAUCUCAUGCCAGAUACUGGCAUGUCUCAUUGUAGCCACCUUCAUGGCUUGCUUCUACCUGAGCAAAGACACCGCCAGAGCAUGCUUUCUCCAGGAGGUGGAACGAGCUCUGCUGGUGGGUUUGGCGUCGCUAUGGGUCCUUUGGAAUCUUUGCUUCGUUCUGUAUGCCAGCCAUUGCAAAAAGUCGGAGCUCUACACCGCCCAGACGUUGAUGAGGACCGGGCUCCUCAUGCCCCAGCGCUUCAGUUCAGGGCUGCUGCCGCGUUUCAGCAGAUCCCCGCGCGAUCGGAACUCCUCAUCGUCCCUCGAGGUGGCGGGCUUCGGCAGCCGCAGGGAGUCCGACCUGCCUCUGACACCGCAGUACUCACGAGGUUCGGAUCUCCGCGCCUUCACGAACCAGGGCAGUGUGAACACGGACACGCAGGUGAUCUCCAUCGCUUUCCGAAUUUGGCUGAUCCGCAAUGUGGACCUUGUCAAAGCUACCUUCGACUGCAAGUUCCGUGUCUUCCUCGAAUGGCUUGACGAAAAUGCUGUUGGCCUGGAGAAGGGAAAGAAGGCUAAAGAACUGAAGGUUCCCUCCCUGGCCAUUACGAAUGCAGUGCAAGCCGAGGUGAUUGAUAGGAGUUCAGCUCCUGAAGUCGUUAACCCGAAGACUGGCCACGUGGCAGUUCAGAUGCUUUUUCGAGCGACGAUGAGAAUGGACCAGCAAGUGCGCCACUUCCCUUUUGACUGCCAAUGGCUGGCAAUCACUGUGUCACUGAAGGAGGAGGGCUGCGCACGCAAUCGCUCCUUCCUCUUCCAGUACUGCGAGGUGGACGACGGCCUCUCGCUGGAUGAGUGGUACGUAUACCCGGAUCCUGCUUUCAGCACGCUGACGAAGCACGAUGCCCCAAGCAUUCAAGACACGGUGAUGUGUGGCCUGCUCAUUCAACGUGCUUCACGCUACUAUGUGGUGAACAUCAUGCUCAUGCUUGGCCUGAUCUCGUCUAUUGCUUUUGCCAUCUACACGGUGGAUGUCAGCCUGUUCUGGGAGAGGGCAGAGGUGUUCCUGGGCAUUUUCCCGCUGAUCGUUGUGUUCAAGAUGUCAGCGCAGGGCAAGCUGCCGAGAGUGGGCUACUCCACAAAGUUUGACCACUUCGCAAUGGCGUGCCAGAUGCUGUUCCUGAUCAUCGUGAUGGGAUGCAUGGCUGCGUCCUUCGCCUCGAACAUCAAGCUCUGGUUCCACUCCUGCCAAGCCCUGCCAGCAGAGGUAGAGCUCACGGAAGAGGACCUGGCAAACAUCGACGUCAUGCGCCACGUGGAGCACAUCUGCAUGUUUGUCUUGAUUGGCCUCUGGAUGCUGUGGAUCGGGCGGUUCAGCUUGAUCGCUGUCCGCACUUCUCAGCUGCAGCCUAUCCAUGGGGUGCAGAGCAGCGUCAGCAUCAAGCUUCAGGGCGCCAGCACCAACGGUGCAGCCGCUGUCGGCGCUGCUGGCGCACCUGUCGAGGGAUUGGCACCCAGCCUGUCCGUCGUUGCCGAGCAAGAGAAGAGGAGUACGAAGGGUCGGCCCAGCCUUCUGGUGGCCCUGGGCUAUGGUGCGGAGGACAAGGCGAAGUGA